CGAGGCAGGGGCGCGGAGUGGGCUGGCCUGGGCCGUGCUGCCGCGCGGCAGGGUGCUGCGUGGUGCUGAGGGAAGGACGCGCUCGGAGGGGUGCGGCCGCCACCCGGGGCAGACAGCAGCGGGUGCUCUACAGUGCCCGGAGAAUGUGUGUGUGUCCCGGGCCCAGACGAAUUGGAAUCCCAGUCAGAACGUCCAGUCUACCACUGUUCUCUGAUGCCAUGCCAGCACCGACUCAACUGUUUUUUCCUCUCGUCCGUAACUGUGAACUGAGCAGAAUCUAUGGCACUGCAUGCUACUGCCAUCACAAACAUCUCUGCUGUUCACCACCGUACGUUCCUCAGAAUCGUCUGAGAUAUACACCCCAUCCAGCAUAUGCUACCUUUUGUAGGCCAAGGGAGAACUGGUGGCAGUAUACUCAAGGAAGGAGAUAUGCUUCUACACCACAGAAAUUUUACCUCACACCUCCACAAGUCAACAGCAUCCUUAAAGCUAAUGAAUACAGCUUCAAAGUACCAGAAUUUGAUGGCAAAAAUGUCAGUUCCAUUCUUGGAUUUGACAGCAAUCAGCUGCCUGCAAAUGCACCCAUAGAGGACCGGAGAAGUGCAGCAACAUGCUUGCAGACCAGAGGGAUGCUUUUGGGGGUUUUUGAUGGUCAUGCAGGCUGUGCUUGUUCCCAGGCAGUCAGUGAAAGACUCUUCUAUUAUAUUGCUGUAUCCUUGUUGCCCCAUGAGACUUUGCUAGAGAUUGAAAAUGCAGUGGAGAGUGGUCGUGCACUACUACCUAUCCUUCAGUGGCACAAGCACCCCAAUGAUUACUUCAGUAAGGAGGCAUCCAAAUUGUAUUUCAACAGCUUGAGGACUUACUGGCAAGAGCUUAUAGACCUCAAUACUGGAGAAUCAGCUGAUAUUGAUGUUAAGGAGGCUUUAAUUAAUGCUUUCAAGAGACUUGAUAAUGACAUUUCAUUGGAGGCUCAAGUCGGUGAUCCUAAUUCUUUUCUCAAUUACUUGGUUCUUCGGGUAGCAUUUUCUGGGGCUACUGCUUGUGUGGCCCAUGUAGAUGGUGUUGACCUCCAUGUGGCUAACACUGGCGAUAGUAGAGCCAUGCUAGGUGUGCAAGAAGAAGAUGGCUCUUGGUCAGCAGUCACACUCUCUAAUGACCACAAUGCUCAGAAUGAAAGAGAGCUAGAGCGUCUGAAACUGGAACACCCCAAAAAUGAGGCCAAGAGCGUGGUAAAGCAGGAUCGGCUGCUUGGCUUGCUGAUGCCCUUUAGGGCUUUUGGAGAUGUAAAGUUCAAAUGGAGCAUUGACCUUCAAAAGAGAGUGAUAGAGUCUGGCCCAGACCAGUUGAAUGACAAUGAGUACACCAAGUUUAUCCCUCCUAACUAUCAUACACCUCCUUAUCUCACUGCUGAGCCAGAGGUAACUUAUCACCGAUUAAGGCCACAGGAUAAAUUCCUAGUGUUAGCAACUGAUGGGUUGUGGGAGACUAUGCAUAGACAGGAUGUGGUUAGGAUUGUGGGUGAGUACUUAACUGGUAUGCAUCACCAACAGCCAAUAGCUGUUGGUGGGUACAAGGUGACUCUGGGACAGAUGCAUGGCCUUUUAACAGAAAGGAGAGCAAAGAUGUCAUCAGUCUUUGAGGAUCAGAAUGCAGCAACCCAUCUCAUUCGCCAUGCUGUAGGUAAUAAUGAAUUUGGAGCAGUUGAUCAUGAACGACUCUCUAAAAUGCUUAGUCUUCCUGAAGAGCUUGCUCGGAUGUAUAGAGAUGACAUUACAAUCAUUGUAGUUCAGUUCAAUUCUCAUGUUGUAGGGGCAUAUCAAAACCAGGAACAGUAAGUGAUAUUACCCUGGCAGUUCUUCAGUUUGAAGGGAAGAUCGACGUUUGAAAGAAACUAAUACAGUAAAUAUUCCAGUGAGUCAUUCUAAACACUUCAUGUUUGAUAUUCUAGCUAGCCUAGUAUUCAGAUUGACUGUGCAGCAGAUGAUAGCAUAUGAGUGUCUGUCUGUCCUGUUGGACCUCGUGGUACCUGCACCUGAGGCAGCUUGUUUCCUUACCCAGGUGUCUUGGAACAGUGACUCACCAACUUAAGAAUAUGAAGAUAGGCAGAUAUGAUCUUGAAUAGGUCAAAAGCAAGGUUCUUCCCGGGAGUAUUAGUAAAGGCAAAAAACCAUUACCAUGCCCAUCUGCAGACUUCUAUAAUAAGGCUUCUAACGUACACGAGAAUAUUUAUUUCUGCAUUUCUUUUUAAGACAAACAGUUCAGGUAUUUAUUCACAUACAUUUAUUUUAGCCUAAAGUAUUUUUCAGGUCCAGUACUUUAAGCCAUAAAUGACCAUGAACAAAGAAAUCUGGAUUUGUAUGUUUUUGUGAUUGUAUGAUAAAAUAUGCUUACUAAACAGAAAAAAAUCUAAACUGUUCUUCCUCACCCAUGAUUUCCUCAGUGUAACCGAAAUGUUUUGUUUUGCUACACCUAAAAGACAAUAAAGGUUCUUAGUUUUAAUUUAUCCAUCUAGUGAAUGUUAAAUAAAGGGAAAAUGUGUUUUUCUCAUUUGUAUUCAUGAAAAGCUUUAUUUAGUUUGAAAUAAAGAUAUACCUAGAAUGAAAACAGACUGCUAUAUUUAAUUCUUAUCACCCAUAGUUAUCAGCAUGUCACUGUUCUGUAGUCCCUGAAAUCUUGACAAGCUGUAUGUGUGGUGGGUAAGCAAACUGCUGCUGAGAAAUUGUAUUUAUUUAUUUAUUUGUGAUAGGAAUUUUAUGAAUUUUUGAGUUUUAAAAAUAGCAUGUAAUAAGUUUAAAUAUCAACUUGAGUAGCAAGAUUUUAAUAUUGUAUUAUGACAGUUUAAAAAAUUUUUUUGUUUUUCCCCACUUAGGCCAAUUAAAACAAUUGGAUUUAUAUUAUUAAAUGUUUUAAACAUACUAUAGCUUAUAAUAUAUGUGUUAAGAUAUAUACAUGAGAAACUUUAAAUCAUAACCUGUGCAUGCCUGAUAUAGAACACUUAGUAGCAUCAAGUAUUUGCAGCUGUGACUAUAAUUAUAUGCAGUCCUUUCUAAUACUGUCUUAAAGUAAAUGAAAAUAAGUAUAUUUAAGUAGGCUUUCUAGGAGUUUAUUUGAUAUGCAUCAAAUGAUACUUUUGUUCCUACAUUUAAUGGUGAUCUGUGUACAAAUGUGCAUAUAUUUUCAUCAGUUAUUCACUAAGAAAAAUCUAUGAUUUUGUUUAAAAUUCACAUAGAUUUUUAUAUAAAACAUGAUUAGUUUCUGUUAUAUAAUUAGUUGACAGUAAAGGAGUCCUUUCAGAAUUCUGUUGGAUCUGAACUGUGUGUUCAAGGACUCUGGAUUGUGAAUCCUAAAUCAAUAUACAGAAGCACUGGCUGCAAAAUUAGGUCCAAAUGAAAGUAGACAAAAGAAGAUUGCAGCUCAAAACAGCAUAGAAUUUGUUUUCUAAAGUACUUUUAGAUUUUGUUUUUUGUAGUCAACCUUUUAAGUACCACUUACUUCUAAAUGUCUACAGUAUGAAACACCACUUUUAGUACUGUUUGGAAUUGCUUUUGAAUACCACCAUAGGAGAGUUCUGUGUUACAUGCUGACUAAUGUCUCAUCUCAGUAUAUAUAAUACAGAGAAUAUAAAUUUUACUUUCUGUACUUGUAAAACGACAGUAAUCCUUAUUACCCAAGAAGUUUUAUCUAUAGUCUGAAAGUCAGCCUAUAUGUAUAGAAAUGAAAAUACAAUGUGGAAAAAAUGAAAAUAACUGGAUAUUCAAAAGUUUUUAGGUACUGUUAUUUAAAAGCAGUUGUGAUUUUAUUUAUGACUUGUCAUAAUCAUGACAUAAUGUUUAGAAGUAAAGUCAGCUUAUAUAAAUUUUUAUGAAAUUAGUCUUUCUUAAUCUUGUUUUAUUUAAACUUUCUUACAUGUAUUCAAUUUCUGUAUUUAUAUUUAGUCAGUGCUUCAUGUUCCAUGUAAUAUGUCCUGAGCUAGUUAAAAAGGAGCAGUGGUGUGAUAUUUGGUUUGAAUGCUGUCUAUGGUCAGAGAAAUGCCCACAGUGAAUUAAAGCUUUAUACCUGC